CAUCUUGUGUACAAACUUUUUUUCUCAACGUAGUAGAUAGUGGAAAAACAAUGGACCCUACUAAUCGUGAUACACAUUUCAUGUUAGAAAAGUUUUACACACUAAGGUGCGGAACCCCUACCACCAGUCUAUAAAUAACCUCUCUUUCAACCUCUCUCCCAUGCUAAAUUGCUAAUAUCAAAGAGUGCAGAACAAAACACAAUGGGAUCCCGCCGGUGCUUGUUUGUGUCCAAUAUGUGUUAUAUACUUUCAAAAGUUGUGUUGUUUCAUCUCAUGGUUGUUAGCUCAUCAGUUUCCUCAUUGCAGCAAUCUUGUCGUGACGAGGAGAGGUCUGCCUUGCUGCAAUUCAAGGAAAGCUUCAUCAUUAACAGAUCUGCCUUGUAUUCUGAUGACGCUUAUCCAAAGAUUUUGCAAUGGAAACUAGCUGAGGGACAAAAUGGCAACUGCUGUGCAUGGGAUGGCAUUGUGUGUGACGAGAGGACGGGUCAUGUGAUUGGCCUUGAUCUUAGUAGCAGCUGUCUCCUGGGCCCUAUCAACUCCAACAGCAGCCUUUUCCGGCUUGAUCAGCUUCAAGUGCUGAACCUUGCUGGUAACAACUUCAGCUCCUCUCGAAUUCCUACUAGCAUUAGGAAUUUGCCAAGGCUCAUCUAUCUUAAUCUCUCUGAUUCUUUAUUUUCUGGCCAAAUCCCAUACCAAAUUUCACAGUUGACCAAAUUGUCGUCCCUUGAUCUGUCUUUGAAUCAUUUAACUGGUCCAAUUCCUUCUCUAGGAAAUCUCACCCACCUCACAAAACUAUUUCUAUCUUCGAAUCAGUUAACUAGUCCAAUUCCUUCUCUGGGAAAUCUCAUCCACCUCACAGUCCUUUCUCUGUCUUCAAAUCAGUUAACCGGUCCAAUUCCUUCUCUAGAAAAUCUCACUCACCUCACAAAACUUUCUCUGUCUUCAAAUCAGUUAACCGGUCCAAUUCCUUCUCUAAGAAAUCUCACCCACCUCACGAAACUUUCUCUAUCUUCGAAUCAGUUAACCGGUCAAAUUCCUUCUCUACGAAAUCUCAUCCACCUCACAGUACUUUCUAUGUCUUCGAAUCAGUUAACAGGUCCAAUUCCUUUUCUAGGAAAUCUUACCCACCUCACAAAACUAUUUCUAUCUUCAAAUCAGUUAACUGGUCCAAUUCCUUCUCUAGGAAAUUUCAUCCACCUCACAAUACUUUCUCUGUCUUCAAAUCAGUUAACCGGUCCAAUUCCUUCUCUAGAAAAUCUCACCCACCUCACGAAACUUUCUCUGUCUUCGAAUCAGUUAACCGGUCCAAUUUCUUCUCUAGGAAAUCUCACCCACCUCACAAAACUUUCUCUAUUUUCAAAUAAGUUAACUGGUCCAAUUCAUUCUUUAGGAAAUCUCACCCACCUCACAAAACUUUUGUUGUCUUCGAAUCAGAUAACUGGUCAAAUUCCUUCUCUAGGAAAUCUAACCCACCUCACAAAACUUUCGCUGUCUUCGAAUCAAUUAACCGGUCAAAUUCCUUCUCUAGGAAAUCUCACCCACCUCUCCAAACUUUCUCUGUCUUCGAAUCAGUUAACCGGUCCAAUUCCUAAUUCCUUAUUCGAUCUCAUCAAUCUCGAGGCGUUAGAUCUAACUGAUAAUAAUCUGACUGGUACAGUGGAGUUCCACAUGUUUCAUAAGUUACAAGGGCUCACCGAAUUAAAACUAUCUCGUAACAGUUUGAAAAUUUUGACAGAAACAGAAAGUAUGAAUGCAAGCCUACUUCCAAAGUUAAACUUUCUAGGAUUGGGUUCGUGCAACAUAAGAGAGUUCCCAAGUUUCCUGCAGUAUCAAGAAGGAUUGGUGUACUUGGACCUUUCCAACAACCAUUUGCAUGGUGAAGUGCCAAAAUGGAUGUUGAACACAAGCACAAAGACUUUGACGUUCAUGGACAUUUCUCACAACUCCCUUUCAAGCAUUGUCCAGCAUUCAAAUGCCUUUCCUUGGGUUAAUCUACAAGUUUUAGAGCUCCAGCAUAACAUGCUACAUGGGCCGCUACUGAUGCCUCCACCACACACAGUUCGCUAUCAUGUUGCAAACAACAAUCUAAAUGGAACAAUUUCACCACUGAUCUGUAGUCUGACUUCUCUUCAGCACCUUGAUCUCUCCAACAACAAUAUGAGUGGAAUGCUUCCCCCCUGUCUCGGAAACUUCAGCGCUGAUCUGCGAGUUUUAAGAAUUGGAAACAACUCUUUCAGCGGCUUUCUUCCUGAAACAUACACCAACACAAGCAGUCUGAUGUUGAUUGAUGUUAGUCAUAACCAAUUGCGAGGGCAACUACCAAGGUCUUUGGGGAACUGCAUAAGACUUGAGUUUAUUGAUCUGUCAUACAAUAAAUUCAGCGAUGUUUUUCCCUUUUGGUUGGGGGCUCUUCCAGAGUUAAACUUUUGGCUGCACCAGAAUGCGUUCUACGGUCUGAUAGAGGAACCUGCUCGGGACAAUGUUGAAUAUUUCCCUGAGUUGCGAAUUCUGGAUCUAUCUUCUAAUAGUUUCAGAGGCAAGUUUCCAUCUCAAAACAUCUUUUCCGGGAAUGUCAUGAGGGGUGUCACUCGAAACCAGUCGACAUAUAUGAAGGCACGCACAUUUAUCGAUGCUCCUAGUCUUCGGCUGAACUUUCAUAUAUAUUACUCAAGCACGAUAACUAGCAAAAGUGUGGAGAGAUAUUAUCCGAAGAUUCACGAAGCCUUUGCAGUGAUUGACAUCUCUAGCAACAAAUUUGAAGGGAGGAUUCCUGAAUUUAUUGGGAACCUAGAGGGGUUGAUCUCAUUCAAUAUAUCUGGUAACCUCCUAACUGGUCCCAUCCCAUCAUCUUUCGGGAAUUUAAGAAGGCUUGAAUCACUGGACCUUUCACACAACAAGCUUUCAGGACAAAUCCCUCAAAGCCUCACGCAGCUUACAUUCCUUGCAGUAUUCAUUGUCUCUAACAACAGUUUGACAGGUCCAAUACCGCAUGGAACCCAACUUACUUCAUUCAAUAGCAGUUCAUAUGAAGGAAACCCUGGAUUGUGUGGAGAUCCUUUGCCAAAGAAAUGCAGAGAUCCCAAGGCUCCUCGCCUGUCACCUUCAAAAACCGAAGAAAAUGAUUCAGGCUCGUUUGAAUUUGAUUGGAAAUUUGUUUUGGCUGGUCUCGGAAGUGGGUUGGUAGUGGGAGUUGUUCUUUCUGAUGUGGUGAUCACAAAGAAGCAUGAAUGGUUGUUUUUGUUGAAACCCAUCAAGCUGAUGAUAGGAACUUCGUAA